CUGCCCCACCGCACGCCCAGCUGCUCACCUCAUGCCCGGCUCUAGGGUGGGCGAGCCAAGAUGAUCCCUUCCCUGGGAGCUGGCGCUGGUGCCCUCCCCCAGAUCCCGGGCCCCAGCAGGUGGGAGAGUGGCCCCCAGCGGAGCCCCAGCAGUCGGCUGCAGAGGAGGUGAAGAGAGGCUGAGAAGAGCGGCCCCCACCCCCGAGAGUGGAGCCCUUGCCUUUGCCCCUGUCCACGUCUGACUGUUCUAGGACAGAGGGAAGGACCUGUUGGUGACCUCGAAAGGCUGCCCGACCCCGGACUGUGGUGCUGGCCCAGCCCUAUGCCCCCGCCCCUGGCAGCGUCAUGAGUCAGUUUCAGGUGCCCCUGGCCGUCCAGCCGGACCUGCCAGGCCUUUAUGACUUUCCUCAGGGCCAGGUGAUGGUAGGGGGCUUCCAGGGGCCUGGGCUUCCCGUGGCUGGCCCCGAGGCCCAGCUCCGUGGGGUUGGCGAUGGGCGAAAGAAACGGAAACGGUGUGGGACUUGUGAGCCCUGCCGGCGGCUGGAGAACUGUGGAGCUUGCACCAGCUGUACGAACCGGCGCACACACCAGAUCUGCAAACUGCGCAAGUGUGAGGUGCUGAAGAAGAAAGUGGGGCUUCUCAAGGAGGUGGAAAUAAAGGCUGGUGAAGGAGCGGGCCCGUGGGGACAAGGGGCGGCUGUCAAGACAGGCUCAGAGCUCAGCCCGGUUGAUGGACCUGCUGCGGGUCAGAUGGACUCAGGGCCAGUGUACCAUGAGGACUCACGGCAGCUAAGCACCUCAGGGGCUCCGGUCAAUGGUGCUAGAGAGCCCGCCGGACCCAGUCUGCUGGGGGCUGGGGGUCCUUGGCGGGUAGACCAGAAGCCCAACUGGGACGCUGCCCCAGGCCCGGCCCACGCUGCUCGCCUGGAAGAUGCCCACGAUCUGGUGGCCUUUUCGGCCGUGGCCGAAGCUGUGUCCUCUUAUGGGGCCCUUAGCACCCGGCUCUAUGAAACCUUCAACCGUGAGAUGAGUCGCGAGCCUGGGAACAACGGCAGGGGGCCCCGGCCAGGGCCCGGGGCCUGCUCCGCCGGCAGUGAAGACCUGGAUACGCUGCAGACGGCCCUGGCCCUCGCACGCCAUGGCAUGAAGCCGCCCAGCUGUAACUGCGAUGGCCCGGAGUGCCCUGACUACCUCGAGUGGCUGGAGGGGAAGAUCAAGUCUGUGGUCAUGGAGGGGGCCGAGGAGCGGCCCAGACCCCCGGGGGCUCUGCCUCCUGGCGAGGCCGGCCUCCCCCCGGCGCCAAGCACCAGGCCGCUCCUCGGCUCCGAGCUCCCCCAGAUCCCUCCCCCAGAGGGCCUGCCCCUGUCCCAGAGUGCCCUGAGCAUCGCCAAGGAGAAAAACAUCAGCCUGCAGACCGCCAUCGCCAUCGAGGCCCUCACUCAGCUCUCCUCCGCUCUCCCCCAGCCUUCGCACUCCGCCUCCCCAGCUUCCUGCCCCCUCCCCGAGGCCUUGUCCCCUCCUGCCCCUUUCCGAUCGCCCCAGUCCUACCUCCGGGCCUCCUCGUGGCCUGCGGCUCCCCCGGAGGAGCACCCUUCUUUUGCUCCCGACAGCCCUGCCUUCCCUCCAGCAACGCCUAGAAGUGAAUUUCCGGAAGCCUGGGGCACCGACACCCCACCAGCAACUCCCCGGAGCUCCUGGCCCCUGCCCCGCCCAAGCCCCGACCCCAUGGCCGAACUGGAGCAGUUGUUGGGCAGUGCCAGUGAUUACAUCCAGUCAGUAUUCAAGCGGCCCGAGCCCCUGCCCACCAAGCCCAAGAUCAAGGCCGAGGCACCCUCUUCCUCUCCGGCCCCGCCCUCGUCGCCCGUCCUCCAGAGGGAGGCCCCCGUGCCAGCCUCGGAGCCCGACACCCACCAGAAGGCCCAGGCUGCCUUGCAGCAGCACCUCCACCACAAGCGCAGUCUCUUCCUGGAACAGGCCCACGACGCCUCCUUCCCCGCCCCCUCGGAGCCUCCCGCUCCCGGCUGGUGGGCCCCAGCGAGCUCACCUGCCCCGCGGCCUCCAGACAGACCCCCCAAGGAGAAGAAGAAGAAGCCUCUUACUCCGGCCGGAGGCCCCGUGGGAACGGAGAAGGCUCCCCCCGGCAUCAAGCCCAGUGUCCGCAAGCCCAUUCAGAUCAAGAAGUCCCGGCCACGGGAGGCACAGCCCCUCUUCCCACCUCUCAGGCAGAUCGUCCUGGAAGGGCCGAGGGCCCCGGCCUCGGAGGAAGCGCCGGCACAUCUGCCUGCCCCUGCCUCCGCUGCACAGGGCGCUGCUGUCCCCUUGCCCCCAGAACCUUCUCUUGCGCUAUUUGCACCUAGUCCCUCCGGGGACGGCCUGCUGCCCCCUACUCAGGAAAUGAGGUCCCCCAGCCCCAUGGCCACCCUGCAGCCGGGCUCCACCGGUCCCCUUCCCCCGGCCGAUGACAAGCUGGAAGAGCUCAUCCGGCAGUUUGAGGCUGAAUUUGGGGAUAGCUUUGGGCUUCCUGGCCCCCCUUCCGUGCCCAUUCAGGACCCUGAGACCCAGCCUGCGUGUCUCCCAGCUCCCGAGAGCCCUUUUACCACCCGCUCCCCCAAGCAAAUCAAGAUCGAGUCUUCGGGGGCUGUGACUGUGCUCUCGACCACCUGCUUCCACUCAGAGGACGGAGGCCAGGAGGCCACACCCACCAAGGCCGAGAACCCACUCACUCCUACCCUCAGUGGCUUCUUGGAGUCGCCUCUCAAGUACCUGGACACGCCCACCAAGAGUCUGCUGGAUACACCUGCCAAGAGAGCCCAGGCCGAGUUCCCCACCUGCGACUGUGUGGAACAAAUAGUGGAGAAAGAUGAAGGUCCGUAUUAUACUCACCUGGGAUCUGGCCCCACAGUAGCCUCUAUCCGGGAACUCAUGGAAGAACGGUACGGAGAGAAGGGGAAAGCCAUCAGGAUCGAGAAGGUCAUCUACACCGGGAAGGAGGGGAAGAGCUCCCGUGGCUGCCCCAUUGCAAAGUGGGUGAUCCGCAGGCACACGCUGGAGGAGAAGCUGCUCUGCCUGGUGCGGCACCGGGCGGGCCACCACUGCCAGAACGCCGUGAUUGUCAUCCUCAUCCUGGCCUGGGAGGGCAUCCCCCGCAGCCUCGGAGACACCCUGUACCAGGAGCUCACCGACACCCUCCGGAAGUAUGGGAACCCCACCAGCCGGAGAUGCGGCCUCAACGAUGACCGGACCUGCGCUUGCCAAGGCAAAGACCCCAACACCUGUGGUGCCUCCUUCUCCUUCGGUUGUUCCUGGAGCAUGUACUUCAACGGCUGCAAAUACGCCCGGAGCAAGACGCCUCGCAAGUUCCGCCUCGCGGGGGACAAUCCCAAGGAGGAAGAAGUGCUCCGGAAGAGUUUCCAGGACCUGGCCACCGAAGUCGCUCCCUUGUACAAGCGGCUGGCCCCCCAGGCCUAUCAGAACCAGGUGACCAAUGAAGAAAUAGCGAUUGACUGCCGCCUGGGGCUGAAGGAAGGGCGGCCCUUCUCGGGGGUCACAGCCUGCAUGGACUUCUGUGCCCACGCCCACAAGGACCAGCACAACCUCUACAACGGGUGCACCGUGGUCUGCACCCUGACCAAGGAAGACAAUCGCUGCGUGGGCAAGAUCCCCGAGGACGAGCAGCUGCACGUGCUGCCCCUGUACAAGAUGGCCAGCACCGACGAGUUCGGCAGUGAGGAGAACCAGAACGCCAAGGUGGGCAGCGGGGCCAUCCAGGUGCUCACCGCCUUCCCCCGCGAGGUGCGGCGCCUGCCCGAGCCCGCCAAGUCCUGCCGCCAGCGGCAGCUGGAAGCUAGGAAGGCGGCCGCCGAGAAGAAGAAGAUGCAGAAGGAGAAGCUGAGCACUCCCGAGAAGAUCAAGCAGGAGGCCCUGGAGCUGGCCGGCGUCACGGCCGACCCAGGCCUGUCCCUGAAGGGUGGACUGCCACAGCAGAGCCUGAAGCCCUCGCUCAAGGUGGAGCCGCAGAACCACUUCAGCUCCUUCAAGUACGGCAGCAACGCGGUGGUGGAGAGCUACUCGGUGCUGGGCAGCUGCCGGCCCUCCGACCCCUACAGCAUGAACAGCGUGUACUCCUACCACUCCUACUAUGCACAGCCCAGCCUGCCCUCCGUCAAUGGCUUCCACUCCAAGUACGCGCUCCCGUCGUUCGGCUACUACAGCUUUCCCUCCAGCAACCCCGUCUUCCCCUCCCAGUUCCUGGGCCCUGGCGCCUGGGGGCACAGCGGCGGCAGUGGUGGCUUUGAGAAGAAGCCAGACCUCCACGCUCUGCACAGCGGCCUGAGCCCGGCCUACGGCGGUGCUGACUUUGCCGAGCUGCCCGGCCAGGCUGUCCCCGCGGACACCCACCUCCCCACUCCUCACCACCAGCAGCCUGCCUACCCAGGCCCCAAGGAGUAUCUGCUUCCCAAGGCCCCCAGGGACCCCGCACCCUUUGCUCAGAGCUCCACCUGCUACGGCAGAUCCAUCAAGCAAGAGCCAGUAGACCCGCUGGUGCAGGCCGAAGCUGGGCCCAGAGAGCUCACUAAGGUGGGCAAGACGGCUCUGCCGGAGGCAUCGCAGAACGGGGGGCCUAACCAUCUGUGGGGCCAGUACUCCGGAGGCCCGAGCCUGUCCCCCAAGAGGGCCAACGGUGUGGGCGGCAGCUGGGGCGCGUUCCCCGCUGGGGAGAGCCCGGCCGUGGUGCCCGACAAGCUUGGCUCUCUUGGGGCCAACUGCCUGGCCCCCUCCCACUUCCCGGAGGGCCAGUGGGGGCUGUUCCCCGGCGGCGAAGGGCAGCAGCCGGCUCCCCACCCCGGGGGCCGCCUUCGAGGCAAGCCGUGGAGCCCCUGCAAGUUCGGAAACGGCACCGCCCCGGCCUUGGCUGGGCCCGGCCUGCCGGAGAAGCCGUGGGCUGUGGGCGCACCCGGGCUGCAAGACAAGUUGUGGAACCCCCUGAAAGGGGACGAGGGAAGGAUUGCGACGCCGGGUGCGGGCCAGCUGGACAAGGCCUGGCAGGCCCUCGGCGUGCCCCUGGGCUCCGGCGACAAGCUGUGGGAGCCCUUUGGCCUGGAGGAGGGUCCGGCCGAGGAGCCCGGCGCCCAGGGGGCUGUGAAGGAGGAGAAGGGCGGCGGCGGCGGCGGCGCGCGGGCGGCGGAGGACGAGGAGGAGGAGCUGUGGUCGGACAGCGAGCACAACUUCCUGGACGAGAACAUCGGCGGCGUGGCCGUGGCGCCGGCGCACGGCUCCAUCCUCAUCGAGUGCGCCCGGCGCGAGCUGCACGCCACCACGCCGCUCAAGAAACCCAACCGCUGCCACCCGACCCGCAUCUCGCUGGUCUUCUACCAGCACAAGAACCUCAACCAGCCCAACCACGGGCUGGCGCUCUGGGAGGCCAAGAUGAAGCAGCUGGCCGAGCGGGCGCGCGCGCGCCAGGAGGAGGCGGCGCGCCUGGGCCUGGGCCAGCAGGAGGCCAAGCUCUACGGCAAGAAGCGCAAGUGGGGCGGCGCCGCGGCGGUCGAGCCGCAGCAGCAGGAGAAGAAGGGCGCCGUGCCCACGCGGCAGGCGCUGGCCGUGCCCACGGACUCGGCCGUCACCGUGUCCUCCUACGCCUACACGAAGGUCACUGGCCCCUACAGCCGCUGGAUCUAGGUGCCCGGGAGCCAGCGUACCUCAGCGUCGGGCCCGGCCCGAGCUGCCUCUGUGGUGCUUUUGCCCUCACGCCUGGGGGCGGGUUGGGGGUGCAGAAGUCUUUUUAUCUCUAUACAUAUAUAGAUGCGCAUAUCGUAUAUAUGUAUUUAUGGUCCAAACCUCAGAACUGACCCGCCCCGCCCCUACUUCCCCAGCACUUUGAAGAAGAAACUACGGCUGUCGGGUGAUUCUUUUUUUUCCCGUGAUCUUAAUAUUUAUAUCUCCACUUUUUUUUUUUCCUCUUCCCUUGUUUGGAGGAGGGUUUUAUUUUCUUUGUUUUUAAAACUCUAUCCUUGUAUAUCACAAUAAUGGAAAGAAAGUUUAUAGUGUCCUUUCACAAAGGAGUAGUUUUGAAUUCCAUUUAAAAUGUGUAUUUAUUGGGUUUUUUUUUUUUAAGCGACAAUAGUAAUGGUAAAGGGUCGGCAGGAAAGGCCGCCAGCCCGGUCCUGCUCAGGCUGGCUGGGCCUGGGCCGCCGGCCUCUCCGGGCAGGUGCAGGGGUGCAGCCUCCCAGCUGGUCUCUCCCUCCCGACAGUCUGUCCUCUCCUGUAGGGUGGGAGAGCCUGGAGAGAAACAUCACUGGCUUGCAGCUGGGGGGGCGGGGACGCAGGUGCACCCCCGGCCCAGCCCUGGAGAUGCUGGCGGAGAUUUCCCCAGAAACCAGGUUGGAAGUAGACAGCUUCGAGCUUGCUAGUCUCCACACUGAAUCCUCUGUCCGUUACUUACCAAGUCACAUGAUGUCACGGCUCACUAGGCAGCCGGGAGGCUCCUGGGAGCCGUUUCCACCACGCAGAUGAGCCGGUGAAUUCUGGGCUGAAGGAAUUUGUCUUAGGGGAAGUUUUUGUAAAUGCCCCCCAAAGUCUGUUCUGAUAUGGAGGCAAAGGGCUACUGUAUCUUUAAAAACAAGACGUUGAACGCAAGCUGUGAAAAGCCGGGUGGCCCUGGUGCUGUAGUGUGGUGCUAGGCCUUGAGAUCCUUGGGCAGGUCGCAGCCUGCGGGAGCUCAGCAGGGUAACGGCAGUCAACACAUCCACCCUUACUCCUGGAGUUCCACAUUGGACAAUGGUGCAUGCCUCAGCCGAGCCCGCCCCUCCGCGCUCCGCUGUGGGGGAGGGGCCGCACUACCCACUGUAAAGUUCGCGAGUGGCAGGUUUUCAGCAGGUUGCUAGGACUUCCCUCCCUCAUUGGUGCCAUGUCUCCAUUCGGUCAUCUUCUCCUUCCCCUCCUCCCCACUUGGACACACCCGCUCAAAUUCUGGUGCAUUUGUUCAGUUCUUUGAAAUGAGAAUGUGGUGCUUAAUUUUUGUGACACUGUUGAGACAGGUUGGGCCUGACAGGUGGAAGCAACGCUUCGUCUUCAGCAAGUCAGACUUCUUGGAGUGUGUGUGUGUGUGUGUGUGUUUUCCUGUGCUAUUAGCAGAAAUGGCAUCUGGCUACCCAUGGGGACGCGUGUGGUGAGUGGGGGGGAGGGGUGCUUCGUCCAGACACACGCAGGACCGUGGCCUCGCCGUGACCCGAGAUGAACGGUAGCUAUUUAUUGAGCAGUUUUAUUCAGCUGUGGGUCUUUGUUCGUACGUCGAGUUUCGCAAUCAGAUGACAAUGCUAAAGGCAAGUUCCUGAGCUUCCAGGUGCCUUGGGUAGGAGCUGAGAGCUGCCCCGUGACCCGCGAGCCGGCCUGAGCGUUUAUGUGGUCUGGUUUUAAUUGUAAAUAGUGAAAGAUUUUUUUAAGCACUUUUGCCUAGAUUUAAACAGCAACUUGAAAAAAAAAAAGUUUUAACAUGUAAUUGUGGGAGAACCUGUAAAUAGUAGCUGAAUAUUUAAUGUGCUUUGUCUAUCCUCCACUUUUACCAUAUUCUGUAAAGUCGCAUUUAUUUUACAGGACGAAAAAUGAAAUAUUAUUGCUUUUGAAAUAAAUACCCAAGAGCUUAUCAGGAUUUAGAGUUAUUCAGAAUUCAGAUUUAUAGGAAAACCUCUGACCUUCAGUUUGACAAGCUAAAGGAAGCAGAGUCUUUAACGAGCAUGCUAAUUUUCUAGUUUUGAGGAAGAGUUGGGUCCUUUAAAUGCUAUUUUGCUUAUCGCAUCAGUACUUUUAUGCAGGUCUCAGUUGACUCCGUGCUUAGGUAGAUGCGGGGGUGCCUUGAAAACUUGAUUUUAAAUGAUCCUAAGCAAGAAAUACGCUAUUUUCCGAAACAGUUGGAGAAUGUGAGCGUCUGAGUGACCCGUGGAAGCCCCAGGUUUGCUGUUGGUUUGGAAGGUCCCGAGUGUAACCCAGGUGAUUCUUGCGCGUGGCCUGUGUGAAUCUUCCCGCCUGUGUGUUCGGUAUUCUUUGCCCCUCCUCACCCUUUGCUAGCAAAGCCAUUAGAUGAAAGGAGAACCCAGUACAAGCGGAAAGCAUGCGACGGCGCCUGUCCCCCCAGCAUAGGGAGCAGGCUGCUGAGAGGUGAGGCAGAGGCGACCCCGCCGGCCCCUCCCGCCGGUGUUUGGAGAGCUGGGCGGCGCUGUGGCCGCGCGAGCCCGUGCUCCUUCUAACACUACACGUAUAACCUACCUCAGAGCUCAGUCAUUGCAACUAGCAUGCUUUAGACGUGUGUUGGAAAAGUUAACUAUGCACAGCUCUUUGUCUCCCCCUUGCUGCUGAAGGUUUCGUAAAGAGAAAAAUCAAAUUUUUUAUUUUUUACUGGCACUAUCAUUUUUUUAAAGUCCUAAAGAUGAUUAACAGACAUUUUUAUCAUGAGAAGAAAAAUAAAGCCAUCGCAACUACAGAACCUAACAGCAUGACCAAGUUGUAAGAGUAAUAAUAGGCCAGCAGAGGAGGACCGGGCCCGUGAGACAGCUCCCCAGUGUGCCCCAGGCCGGGCACAGGGCCGGCGCCACUCUCCCUUCGUUUUGUUUGCCCUGCCUGUUGCGUGCAAGGGAAGCAUUUGCUAAGUUCUAUGCUAAGAGAUUUUUCAGAAUUAACGAUUGCUUCGCAGCAGGUUCUCAAUAACUGGUGCUAGCUCCAGAACCCCUUAUUCUCACCCUUGGAAGUCUUGGCCGAAGGCGACGCCUGGGUUUGGGGCUUUGUUUUUGUUGGGUCUGGUUUUCCGCAGAGCCUACGUUUCUCACCCCUCCCACCCCUGGCUUCGCAGGUCCUGCUCUGCCUUCUCCCUGAGACAACAGUUGGCAGCAUGGAAAGAGGGUGCACCUGCCCCUCUUGGUCAUCCCCCCAGCCUCUCUCGGAAAAGAGUGGCUUUCAGAGCAGGGUUUUUUUUUUUUUUACAAUGCUAGAGCAAGGAAGGGGGCCGAGCUACGGGCUUUGCAUCCAACAGGUAGACGCGUGAGGUUGUUGGCAGGGAGUAGAUGGUAACUGAUGGCCUUGAGAGAGAUCCAACCCCACUUCCCUGUUGAAGUUGAACCACCGCGAGACUGCAGACCAAGCAGAGGGGUGGGAAAUGCCGCGAUCCCGGACGUGCCUCAACCAGUCUCUCUCCUUUUGUUACUGAAGUGUGUUUUAUGGACUAGGAAGCAUUUUUAUGAAUUGAAAUCGUCUAAAUAAAAUGGUGCUAUGGUGUUUAAUGUGACUGUCCCUGAUCCUGUCUUGCUGAGGUGCUAUCCACGUGCUGAAACCACGACCAACCAAAAACAAGGUGGGCUCCAGGCUCCUGGCUUCUCGUCCCUCCCCUCUUCCGGUGCUGUCUUCUCAAACCUCUGUUUACCGUGCUCUAAUCUGCUCUGAGCAAUUGUGUUUUGUGUUUCACUAUUCUUCCCUUGGUGGCCAAAAAGAACCCACAAAGGCAAGUGGAGAAGGCAGCUGGUUGCCGCCCCGCCUGGCGUGGCAGGUGUGUGUGGCUUUGACGCGUGUCUUCUCAGGCUUGAGGAGGGAGGGAGACGUCUGGGGGAGGUUGAGGAAAGGGAGUCGGGUGCUCCUGCCUCUCAGGGCAGGCAUUCUCACAGCCAGGGCCGCACCGUCUGCGCGUGGGGCCCAGGGUGCUAAGCAGAUGCCUCUGGGAGUCUCAAGGGUGCGGGAGGGGUCGGGGAGCAUCUGCUUGUCUGGUGCUGAGCAAGGGGUCCCCUCUGCUCCUCGGGUGCUUCUGCCUCUCGUGGAUGACCCCUUGUGUCCAAGCUAAGGGAAAGAGCGCGCUCUGCUCCUUCGAUGCCACUGGGCUGCUUUUUAGUUGGUGCUAUUCUCAAUUUCUUCUUGGGUCCACAGAAGUUGCUGUUUAAGAACUCAACAGGAAGCUCCAUUUUUUUGUGUCAUCCACUGUCACAAUUUUUUUAAAUACCUCAAAACAGGACGUUGUGACAACUUGAGUGUAGUAGAUUCCAUGAAGGUCUGGCACCUGUGGGUUGCCCACUGGGUGAUGUCCUCGGCCUUGGAGAAUCCGGGUCGUUGGGCUUUUCCUUCUUUGCAGUCAGCGCCCGCCCUGGAGGGCAGGGCAGCGGCGUGGUUGACUUUGUUUCAGUUGAAGUUUUGUUUUGGAUACAAUGUGAAUCUCCUGUGCCCAUCUCAUUGAGCUUUCUCCAUCGGCAUCGUGGCCAGUGCUGUCCCUGCAUCCUGUCUCUUCAGCCAGCUGCCAACUCCAGCGUCCCCUGGACCAAAGGUGCACGCCCCAGGCUUGGCUGUCCAGCCCCACACUCACACAUGCUUUGCACUCUUCCCAGGAGUGCGGGGCCGUACAGGCAAGAGCAAAGCAGUAGAGGCUGCCGUGCCGGGUCGCGCGGGCUCCGGCCGCUUUCUGCCUGAGUCGGCAAGCAGUUUGCCCCGCUUCCUCCUCCUCCGCUUCUCUUCUGAUAUCAGGGAUGCUUCCGUAGUGGUACUGUCCUGCUCUCUCCUCGUCGGGACGCCCACCCGUCAUCCAGGGGGUGGCUCCUCACUCUUCUCCCGGCAGUUUCGGUUAACACACAACUGGCUCAUUUGAACAUUCCAAAUUGUCUUGGUUCCAACUCCAUAUCUUUUAUUUUUUAUUUUUUUUUGAGGGGGAAAAAAGGGGAGAAAACAGGAGUGAUGUCAUUUUUUUCAUGUGUUCUUAUUCAAGAAACAAGGACAGGUGGCAGAGUGGCAUAUUAGUGCAUUAGACUUAACCUAGAAUCCCUGUAGCUUUUUGAUGUGUUUUAUUUCUUAUCUCUUUGAAUUCCUGUUUGGUUACUUGGCUUCCAAUGGAGGUGAACUUAACAACCAUACUUGAAUAUUCCGUCUUGACUUUGUAAACUGUGGCUACUUGAAAUGAAGUUUAUCUGGGGUUGAUGGAUGAAUGGUAGAUUUUUUGCAAUGUCUCAAGGCAAUAGGAUGUGUAUUAUUAAACUGUAGAUAUUCUUAGUAAAUUUAUGCUGAUAAUUUUAUUUUGUAUAAUUUCUACCUUUUUGUUAAUAUUUUUUCCUUCUACUUUUAUUGGUUUGCCUCCUGACGACCUCUCCUUGCCCUCCCUCCCUGCCCCCCCCCCAAGUGUUUCAGUAAAUUUAAUUUAGGGUGCCUAGAAAUUGCAAGUAUGUAUCCUUUUUUGAUUUGUAUUUUAUUAUAAUUUACACAAACAAUUGGGUUUGUGAACUGUAUUACUCCUGGUAUCUUUAAAAUA